UGUGCCAAUUGCAAAAUGGGAACAAAAAUAGGGGCUGAUUUAUCUCAAAUAACCAUUGUUGUUACUGAUAUCAACGAUUAUGACUCUUUGCUGGAAAUGGCCAAAAGAGCAAAAGUUGUGAUAAACUGCUGUGGUCCAUACAGAUUUCUGGGAGAACCAGUGCUCAAGGCUUGUAUUGCUGCUGGAACACAUCAUAUUGAUGUAAGCGGUGAACCACAAUAUAUGGAGAAGAUGCAGUUGGAGCAGAACGAGAAUGCAAAAAAGAAAGGAGUUUAUGCCGUGAGCGCCUGUGGUUUCGACAGUAUUCCAAGUGAUUUGGGGGUUAUUUUCUUGAAAAAAAACUUUGAUGGGGUUUUGAAUUCCGUCACGACCUACUUGGAAGGAUGGGAGGAAGGACAUAGUACUGGUCCAUCUGUGAACAUUGGCACAUGGAAUUCAGCAGUACAUAGUUUGGCACAUUGGGAUGAAUUGAAAGGUUUACGAAAACAGUUAUUCCCAAAAAAGUUGCCUUCGUACACUCCACGAUUGGAGAGAAA